AUGAUCGCAUAUUUGAAGGCGAUUCGUUUGUGCCUUCUGAUAAGCUUGGCUGUUCCAGGAAAUGUUGCAAAGGGUCGGAUUGCACGAGAUCUUGAUGAUAUUAAGCCAAACGAGGUUGUUGAAGAGUUUAGCAAACACAUGAAACAUCUUGCAAAUGACGCGAACGACUAUAAUGCACUUACGGAAGAUGUUCAGAGCUGGAUUCAGGAAGCAGAAGACUUGAAGAGUCUCAAUCUUGUGAAAGGUCUUGCUGCGAAAUUAGGGAAACAUCUAAUAACGAAAAUUAAAGCUGUUGAGAGCAUCGCUGUGGCAGUUUCGAGAGCUCUUGAGGAAAACAGGCAACCCAGACAACCAUACCACCGAUGCUGUGAUUUGCCCGAAGAAUUGGAGAUAAAGUAUGAUCCGCGGUACAAGGAGAGUGUUACAGAUGCUGUGAUGUGUAAAAUGCUGGCCCCACAUCAUUUACCGGAAAAAGAAGUUGACUUCUCGUCAGCGAAAACCGCGUUUGACACGAACAAAUUACAUAGUAAAUGGCAAUAUUUUGGAUCCAAAGAUGGAGCAAUGUAUAAUUUUCCUUCGUGCCGUGUUCCGAAGUGUGGCACUUUUGACCACAGGAUAAGACCCUGGUACGUGACCACUGCCACGCCGUCCCCUAAAAACAUUGUUAUUAUGGUGGAUUCCAGCACAUCAAUUGGUUAUAACAAGACACUGGAUGACGCGAUGAAAACAGCUAAACUGGUGGUUAGCACACUCAAUCCUCAAGACAAGGUAUCGUUGAUCCUCUUUAACUCAACAACCUUUUUGCCAGCUGACAAAGACGUUGACGAAUGUUACAACACUACCAUGGCAUUUGCCAGCACAUUUACCAUCAACUACUUGAAAUCUUUCAUUAACAGUGCGCAACCGAGAGGUGGUACACGAUUUGUCAGAGCCUUCGCGAAAGCAUUUCAGAUCCUGAAAAACACAAUAAAAUCUUCUUCCGAGGCAAUUAAAAAAAGACCCUCCAUGUUUCUCCUGAUCACCGACGGGGUAACCAGAAGUAAGAGCAUCGAAAAGAAUACCUUGAAAGCGAUCAAGAAAGAAUACAAAGAUUUUAAACAGGAAGUAAAACUCAUUACUUCGUUCAAGGUGCUAACAUUACUGCUUGGAGGCAAAGUCCAGAAAAAGGGAUCGUUCUUGAAAGUUCUGAUGAAUGAAAUGGGCGGCAAACUAAUGACUACAGAUGGUACGAAAGACUCCUUUUCCAAACUAAAGGGUUACUUUGACUAUCUGAUGGAAGUUACACCGGCUCGACAAAGUCUGGCAGUCCUCUCUCCACCCUAUGUGGAUGCGUGGGGAUUGGGCUAUAUGGUAACAGCAGCAAGUGCCUACUUCUAUGACAAUGCACUGGCAGGUGUAGCUGGUGUAGAUAUCCCCAUGACCGAUUUGUUGGCUGAUGUUCAGUAUUACAACCAGGCUGGUCCCAAUACUUAUGCAUUCCUCGUUGCUAUCAAGUCUGGUCAUGUGAUGAGUCAUCCCAAACUUCCGAAACCGGAGUCAAUAUCUGAGGAUCCGAAUUCAGUGAACAUUUUUGAACUUGAACCGGGAAAAGAAUUUAGGCGUUUAUUUGACGAAGUGAAGGAGACCGGCGAACCACGAGAGAAAGAAUUCCCGCGAAGGCUUUCUACUUCCAGGGGAGGAGUGUUGGGAGACGGAGUUCAAACAGAAAUAAUAAGUUAUUCGUAUGCCUGUGCGCCUGUUGAACUUGGAACCGACAGAGGAAAAGAAUACAUGGUUUGUGUUGCUCUCGCAAAAGGAGACACUGGAGAAAAGUACGCGAGCAGGCUUAUCACAAACUCAAUGUCAGCAAAUCCUAUUGCCUAUCACCGUAUGGAUGUUCGCGCGGAGACUACGACUUGUUAUCAUACGGACAGUCUGUCUUAUCCAGAUCGCUCCGUAGUUAAAUUCAGCGCAAAGGCUUUCAUUGAUCCUGCAAAUUAUAUAGAGGUAGCAGAAAACGCCACAGCUGUCCGAGAGUAUGUUCGGGAGCUACGCUCAUUCCUCUAUUUACACAAGGCUGGUGAUAAAUUUGAUGUCAAUAAGAUCAUGACAGCCGUAUUGACCUCACGAGCGGAUGAAGCUUGGUUAUCUCGAGAAAAUCAGGAUAAGUAUUUGAGGAAAUUUGUGCGUCGUUACAUUGGGACCUACAAUGGUGUCUUAAGGCUGUUUCCCGGAGCACCUCUGCCUCCUAAUUUUGAUCAUACCACUCGCUCAUGGUACCUUCGUGCUGUUGCAAAUCGCCCAGACUUCAUAUCUUUUGCAGCCCCAUAUCUAGAUCCUCUAGGUGCUGGUUUCAUUGUUUCAAUCAGUCAGUCUAUCAGAACUUCAUAUGGUAGAAAAAACUUGUUUGGUGUCGUGGGAGGUGAUCUUACUGUCUCAAACUUUGGCGCACACUUCAAAAAAAAAGUUGGAAAAAAGUGCUUAGAUUCCAAAGGGAGCCUGCGUUGCUUUCUCCUGGACUCAAGCGGUUAUGUGGUUUAUCAUCCAACCUUUGAAGAUGUUGGUGACAAUCCGAAUAAGGUUAUCAAUAGACACAUCACGAUUAUGCACGCCGGUAUAGCAAGGAAUUUGAUCAAGAACGGUAAAAUGGUCAAGAAGGAAUGCCAGAACUUUAUCCUCUUAAAGUUGCAACGAUUCUAUGAGAUCAAGAUAGAAAACGGCCUAUAUAUAGGUACACUUGGAAAAAAGAGUCAUUGUCGUUCAUACGCAAUCAUUGAAGUUCCCGAAACAAACGUAUUUGUGGUUGUUACCAAAAGUUCUACGUGCCUCAUAAACCGUGAUGCGUGCACCUGCGGAUACGUGUGCAGGCAUCACGAGAGCACGCAUUGUGAGUGUCCGUGUAAAGCUCGCUUGACAUACAACAUCUGUAACGCAAGCCUCACUGAAGAGAGCAACAUCCCGCUGUGCACCCAGCCUUCGCCUUCAGUACCAAAGCGUGGGCCUCUAAAGGUGAAUUCCGCUGACCUUGGAAGAUGCAUCAGCGUGCACUGCGAGCGGUACGAUGAAAAAGAGUGCAAUGAGAUAUUCGGGUGUUUCUGGUGUAACAGGGAAGCUGAUGGCUCGCUUCUCAAGGAACCCAAAUGUAUGAGUGACCUACAGUGUUAUGAUGGAGUGAUGGAUCAAGAGAACCCCUUUUUGUUACCAGAGGUUCCGAGAAGACAGAUUCAAGGGGAUCGAAAACUGAACAAGAUGUUACUUAUCAUAAUAGGAUCAAGCGCCGGAGGACUUCUUAUUAUCAUUUUGAUCGUUGUUGUAUGCUGCCUGCACAGGAAGAAAUUCCAAUAUGAACAAGAGCAAAUGGAAUUUCAAGCAAUGGAUAUGUUGAUAGACCCUACGACUGUGAUAGAUGCGAAUGAAGGAUUCAACCAAAUGUCGUUGAACUAUCCUGGCCAAAGUAAAGCUAUGCAAUCAACGAUGGGGUUGAAUUAUCCUGGCAAAAGUACCGUCAUGCAGUCAAAAAUGACGUUAAAUUACCCCGGCAAAGGAGCAGGCAGGCAGUCAAAAAUGACCACCGUACAGGCCCCAAUGCAGCUGAACUACCCUGGUCAAAGCACCGCACAAGCCCCCAUGCAGUUGAACUACCCCGGCCAAAGUACAGUUAUGCCGUCCAACAUGCAGAUGAGGCUGGGCGGUCAGGAUAUGGGUUACUCAACCCAAGCUAUGUCUGGGAUGUGGCCGACAAGGUAUGGUCAAUCACAGAUCAUGCAGACACCGCAGGCUCCUGGUGGUCAACGUGGGAGGCCUACUGCCGGAAGGCGCAGACCUGGACCAAACCGACAUGUUUCAUUCACUGACGACGUUCAACACCAAGAAAUACAAAAGCCCGCGCCCAUUUCCGGAGAUGAACCGAUAGUUACCGACGAAAAUGGUGACUCCGAAGACUGA